AUGGCCGCCGCCGGUGCUGCGGCCGGGGCUUCAGUCGCUUCAGGGUCUGUUGAAGAUGGCCAGAAAGAGCAAUCCACCUCGUCACCUAUCGCACCCAACGAGGCCAAUGGCGCGCCUCAAGCUCGAAAACGAUCUCGAUCAGGCACGAAGAUUGCAUCUCAACCCGUAUCAUCAGAGCUCGCGCAUCGUCCCCGACCGCCGACGAAGGAAUUACUCCUAGAUCAGUACGUGACCCGCGAUCAGCUGCACACUGCAGCGCUCAACACCCAGAAUGCCGCGCAGGCCGAACUUUUGCGAUUCAAGCGCGAAGAGGUAGACUUGUAUAAAUCCUUGCGCCAGGACCGCCAACUUCAUCCUGGUGCUAUAUUUGGCAGUGGCUACGCAGGGUAUGGUAAUGGCCACACGGAUGACAAGCCUCGUGUGGUCUACCCGCUUCAUAGGAAACGGCCAGGUGGAAGGAGGACUCGGGAACUGCGGAUUUCAAGGAAAGACUUGGCAACUCAGGCUGAGCAAUUAGAAGAGCUGGUUCCGGUUCGACUGGACAUUGAGUGGGAUAAGAUAAAACUGCGAGAUACCUUCACGUGGAAUCUUCAUGACCGUGUCAUCAAACCCGAAUUAUUCGCCGAGCUGCUCGUUGAAGACUUCAACCUGCCCCAGGAGAUCUCAGGUCUUAUGGUGCAGCAGGUUGGUCAAUCGCUUGCAGAUCAAAUCCAGGAUUUCUACCCUCAUGUCUAUAUCGAUGAAGAGGCCCUAGAUCCUCAUCUUGCUUACUUUGCAUACAAAAAUGACGAGAUGCGAAUUUUGAUCAAGCUAAACAUCACCAUCGGACAGCAUACGCUGGUUGAUCAAUUUGAGUGGGAGAUCAAUAACCCCUUGAAUUCUCCCGAAGAGUUUGCCAAGCAGAUGACCAGAGAUCUUUCUCUCACGGGGGAGUUCACCACCGCGAUCGCUCACAACAUCAGAGAGCAAGCCCAACUUUUCACAAAAAGUCUUUAUAUCACUGGCCACCCAUUUGAUGGUCGGCCAAUUGAAGACGCCGACCUGAGAGAAGCAUUUCUGCCUACCCCCCUUCCUUCUGUCUUUCGGCCGGUCCAGGCUGCCAAGGACUACACGCCAUAUCUGUACGAGCUUAAUGAAAACGAAUUGGAGCGGACAGAGGUAUCUCUGUCAAGAGAGCAGCGACGCCAGAAGAGGUCCAUCAAUCGUCGUGGCGGUCCUGCACUGCCAGAUCUUAAAGAUCGACAACGAACUGUGCGAAGCCUUUUGGUCUCGACAGUGCUGCCUGGCGCGGCUGAGAGCGUUGACGAGAGCAGAAUAUUCAAACGCUCUGCUGCUCAAUUAGGAAAGGGUAGAAGAGCAAUUACUGGGCCCCGAGAUGAGGAAUCUGAAGAAUCCGAGAGUGAGGAAUCAGCGCCCGAUUCUCCGGCAACAUCAUCCCAUAUGCUUUCCGGUACUGCACGCACCAGAGGCAUGCGGGGUGCUGCGUCCGCCGCUCAAGCAGCUAUGCGAGCUACGCUUGGACGUUCGGCAACGCCCGAAGCGUCCUUACUCCAUCACCACGAAACAAGAACUUCGCGGCGCUCUGGUAGAGACUACCGUGACGAGAGUGUCAGUGAACCAACAACACUCGUCGUUAGGCUUCGCAUUCCCAGAGAGCGUUUUCGGCAAUUCUUGCGGGAGCAAAAAUCAAGACAACGUGGCGACCAAUCGACAAUGGGUCGUGGUCAACGCGCCGCAUCUCAAAGUGCUACGCCGCAACAGGGGACACCUGUGCCGGGUUCGAUGGGACCUCCACCCACUACACCAGCGAUGCAUCAGCAGCAGCUUCCUAAUCAGCCUUUGGUCGCAACUCCGCAAAUGAAUGGGGGCACUGGUGGUACAACACCACAGCAGUAUGGUAUUGUAGAUGCUACCCAUCCUCCAGUAGCUGGCCAACCAGGGCCUCCACCUCCCGCCUGGCUCACCGCUGGCUUAACCACGCUCCAAUCAAGGUAUCCACGCGAUAUGUUUGAGGGAACAAUGCGGUAUACGGCUGUGGACGCCUUAACAGAUCAACCUCUUCCCAGUAGCGCUUUACAAGCCGGGCAACCGAAUCCUCCAAACGUCAAGUACCAAUAUUUCCCACGUAUUCGAUGUCAUGAUUGCCCAGGAAAGCUUUAUACACCUGGUCCAGACAUGACAGUUGAAAAUUUCGAGGUUCACCUUCGGAAUCGACAACAUAGAGAAAGAGUGGAGCGGAGGGUAAGAGGAUUCUGA